UCCGGCUGUUUUCCUACAAAAUCAUUGUUAGUGCUCGAGUUGCAGCUUGCGUGUUGCAGAGCCUUGUCCAGACUUUCAACUAGAAAUUUGAGCUGAAAUGGCUUCGAACAUGGACAUCGACGAGGAGGAGAUGGAGAUGCCCUCGUCCAGCAGCUCCAGAGGAGAGAAGAAGCGUUUCGAAGUGAAAAAGUGGAACGCAGUUGCCUUGUGGGCGUGGGACAUUGUGGUGGACAACUGCGCCAUUUGCCGCAACCACAUUAUGGACCUGUGCAUCGAGUGCCAGGCAAACCAGGCCUCCGCCACCAGCGAAGAGUGCACCGUCGCCUGGGGAGUCUGCAACCACGCCUUCCACUUCCAUUGCAUCUCUCGUUGGCUGAAGACCCGCCAGGUCUGCCCGCUGGACAACAGAGAGUGGGAAUUCCAGAAGUACGGACACUAACCAUGAUGUACAUAUUUAAGGACUGCAGUGUCUUCGGCGCGGCAUUUUUCUUCUAAGAUAAAAUUGGUUUGAAUGAAGGCUCUAAAAGAUCAUAAUUACGUCUUCUUUUGCUAAAAUAAAAUUAAGGAAUAUGGUAAAUACAUAAA